CGGAUGUUCCGGCAGCCAUCAGCCCAGGACGAGGCCGCGGCGUUUCCAAGUCGAGAAGUAAAAUUUAACUGGAGUCAAGAUGUCUGCAGAAGAUGACCAGAUGCAGGUGGUCCAUCACGCCAUCACCGGAGUCACAGAAAUCGUCAGCUCAGGAUCGACAGACGACACUGGCACUACAGGCACAGCAAUAUACCAGCAGGAUGAUACAGACCGACCUGUAGCUGUGACUCAGGCUGCCCCCGGCCAGCCCAUGGAGGUCGUGCAGAUCAUUCCUGUCAGCACAGAGGGCAGUAUGGGGCAGAUGACUGUCAGCGGGGCAGUCGCUCAGAUGAUUGCACUGAAUGGAGGGGACGGGUCACAGGGUCAGCUGUAUCAUGUGAUCCCUGUGAGCCAAUCAGCUGUCGGCCAGGCCCAGGCCCCUCACAUGAUCACCGUGAGCCAAUCAGCCGACUCCCAAGAAAACACCCACGAACACACAGAUCCCCAGGAUCCCACACAGUCAGUAGAGAUCAUCCAUGAUCUGACCCAGGCCACGGCUACGUUAGAGAGGCUGCCGGGUGAAGGCAUGGCCACGGUUAGCCUGGAGAAACUGGCGUCAGACGAUGUAGCGACUAUCACCCUGGUGUCCCCACCCCCCCAGCAGACCCUACCCGACGGGUGCCCCCCCUGGGCUGCAAGGCUGAGGGGUGUGGAGAAAAUCGGUGACUCGUUCCGUGGCUGGGUGGAGAACGAUGUAGAACUGGACCUGCUCCUGACGUACCACAAACAGCAGACUCAGAGCUUCUGGGGAACCCGCCAGUCUCCUACACCAGGCAAACCCUCCACUAGACUCAUGUGGAAAUCUCAGUAUGUGCCGUUUGACGGGAUUCCUUUUGUCAACAUCGGCAGCAGGGCUAUCGUCCAGGAGUGCCAAUUUGGACCAAGAAGAAAGGGCAUCGUGGCCAAGAAGAUAGCAGAACAGGAGAGGAGUGGGAAACAGGGUUUCAAAGCGACGUGUCCCGCUAGAAUAUACAUCAAGAAAGUGAGGAAGUUCCCGCAGUUCAGAGUUCACCUGAGCCAGGACAUGGACCGUAAGGCGCUGAGACAGGCGCAGGAGAGAGCCUUCCGCUCACUCAAGGAGUCUGGACUGGAACACGGAGGGGAGGAGAGACAGUACGUGCAGCUGCCUACUCCCGAGGCUCACCAGUUCCAUGACGAGGUCCAGGACCACGUUCUGGCUGACUUCUCCGUGUGCAACAUGGAGGCCGCCUCGCGCCUGCACCCCCGCGUCUCCGCCAAGAUCCGAGAACUGGUCGCAGCCGGCAUGAGCGAGGUGUACCAGGUCAGGAAGGCUGUCAGGAAGUUUGUGGAGAAGGAGUUGUUCGGUGGGAGCGAUUCUGUCCCGGAGCGACACAACCUGUCGUACUUCCCAACCGUGAAUGAUAUCCAGAACCACGUGCACCUGGCGCAGAUGGCCAUCGAGCGCGGCGAACUCGCCGUCACCGCUGUUACCACUGCUGAGGUGGCACCAGACAACAGUCUAGAAAAUGCAGCACAUGAGCUACAGAGUCAGCUGUGGCCGACGGCGUGUCAUCCUGCUGGGUGUGGGGAGGGGGACGGACCACACACUCAAACUGUUACUGUUACUCUGACUACUAACCAUGGGAGAGAACAUGUGGUGUCCCAAGUAGAGACCACCAUGAGUGACGGGACAACCCUCGUUAGUGAUUCCCUCACACCCGAGACAGCUCAGCUACUGUCAGCACUCAACCCCAAAAUAUUCCAAACACAGAGUGAAGAUGAAAUGUCCAGAAAGGAGUCAGAAACAGGAGCUUCUGUCAACAUGGAGGCUGCAAAGGGUUAUGACGAGGAGCUCGGCCAAUCACAGAUCCUGAUACAGGACAAAAUAUCGGGACAGUUUUGCACCAAUCAGACGGCUCAUACCAUCCCUCUGACAGUGACCAAUGAGGACGUAGGACAGGCCCUGCCCGCACACUUCUUGACCAAUAGCCGCACAGUUAACACGGAGGCUGCGAACUUGCUACAAACAGGGGAGAGCAUGCCAAAUAUGGAAAACCAACAACAAACAAAUGCACAAGAGAGCCCUUAAGUCGAAGAGAGAAUUUUUUUUGUAAACUAUAAGUAAGCUUUAUCGUUUUUGAUAGAGCAGUUUGUAUCACGUCACGUAGGCACUGAUUUUCACAAUAAAACCUUGUAGGUUGAUGUGAUAGAAAAUCUAUGAACUAUUGUAAAAUAUGUGAAAUAAAGCAGUUAUACAAAAAUGUACCUGUAUACAUAGUCAUCACCAAGCAAACUGUAUUUAUUGUUUAUUUAAGCUAUUUUCCAUUGGAUUCUCAACCUAGAAAAAAUUCAAGAAUAGAGUUCAAUUGACA